GCUGCGGGCAUGCACGGCACUACCGGUGUAGUUAUCGUGGGCGUAUGCUGACAGACGCUUGCAUUAUAUAUAUAACGGGAUUAAAUACUUGUAUGCCUUAAAAAUGGAUGAAAGCAUUAAACACGGUGUUAUAGGAAUAAUUCUAGCGUUUACGUUGGGAGCUGCUUACAUUUUCGAGAGGAAAUUGAAUGAUGUUUACAGGGAAGGACUCGCACGUGAAAGGGAUUUGUCGUUCCUUAAACACAGAAAUGAAGACUUCAAAGUGAAAGUAGAAAGUUUGGAAGGUGAACUGUCUUCCUUAAAGACAGCAACGAGAGAAUUAGCUGAUGAAAUAAAAAGAAUGAAUAGCACUCCGCCAGCUCCAAUCAAAUUUUACCCAAACUGUAUGGAGAUUUUGAAAUAUGAACCAGACAUCAAAUGGAAAGAUGGUGUAUAUCAAAUAUAUGUGAAUUAUCAACUUAAGUCAGUAUACUGCGACAUGAGUACUGAUGGAGGAGGAUGGACGGUUAUCCAACGGAGGAAAGAUGGGUCAACCGAUUUUUUCCGGCCAUGGAGAGAUUAUAAACAAGGAUUCGGCGAUCCGUCUAAGGAAUACUGGAUUGGAAAUGAUGCAAUCCAUGAUUUGACGAAAACGACGCGCCAGGAACUCCGGGUUGACCUUCAAAGAUUUGAUGGGGACAAAGCGUAUGCCCUGUAUUCUAGAUUUGAGGUCGGUGAUGAAAUCAGCGGAUAUAAACUCUCGGUGGGGGGUUAUUCCGGAACCGCUGGUGACGGUUUGGCUUAUCAUAAUGGAAUGCAAUUCUCUACACACGACCACGAUAACGACUUGUUUGACCACGGUAACUGUGCAGAAGUGUUUCAAGCAGGCUGGUGGUACGGAGCGUGUUAUCACUCAAACCUGAAUGGAAGGUUCGCUAUGGCUGUUGAAGGACUCAUUGAAUGGGUAGUUUGGAAAGCUGAUGAAUCGCUGAAAGGGACAAUGAUGAUGAUAAGGCCCAAAGUUGUUGCCAAUCAGGAUGUUGACAUUAUACACGAUAAUGCGUACUUACAAGUAAAUUAUCCCAUUUCAGGCUUUAGAUUCCACGAUGCUCUUAUGCAGGUGGCUAAUGGCGAUGUCUGGACAACGUGUGGAUUCUACAAGGGACCAGGGGAAGACUUUCAGAUAAUAUUUACCAUUUGUAAUGACGUAGUGCGGGGAGACACCUUAAUGAUAGCAAUCCAGUCUAAUAAUUCAAAUGAGUCUAUACAAUUAUUGUGGGCGUAUGCUGACAGACGCUUGCAUUAUAUAUAUAACGGGAUUAAAUGGUUGUAUGCCUUAAAAAUGGAUGAAAGCAUUAAACACGGUGUUAUAGGAAUAAUUCUAGCGUUUACGUUGGGAGCUGCUUACAUUUUCGAGAGGAGAUUGAAUGAUGUUUACAGGGAAGGACUCGCACGUGACAGGGAUUUGUCGUUCCUUAAACACAGAAAUGAAGACUUCAAAGUGAAAGUAGAAAGUUUGGAAAGUGAACUGUCUUCCUUAAAGACAGUAAUGAGAGAAUUAGCUGAUGAAAUAAAAAGAGUGAAUAGCACUCCGCCAGCUCCAAUCAAAUUUUACCCAAACUGUAUGGAGAUUUUGAAAUAUGAACCAGACAUCAAAAGGAAAGAUGGGGUAUAUCAAAUAUAUGUGAAUUAUCAUCUUAAGUCAGUAUACUGCGACAUGAGUACCGAUGGAGGAGGAUGGACGGUUAUCCAACGGAGGAAAGAUGGGUCAACCGAUUUUUUCCAGCCAUGGAGAGAUUAUAAACAAGGAUUCGGCGAUCCGUCUAAGGAAUAUUGGAUUGGAAAUGAUGCAAUCCAUGAUUUGACGAAAACGACGCGCCAGGAACUCCGGGUUGACCUCCAAAGAUUUGACGGGGACAAAGCGUAUGCCCUGUAUUCUAGAUUUGAGGUCGGUGAUGAGAUCAGCGGAUACAAACUCUCGGUGGGGGGUUAUUCCGGAACAGCUGGUGACGGUUUGGCUUAUCAUAAUGGAAUGAAAUUCUCUACACACGACCACGAUAACGACUUGUUUGACCACGGUAACUGUGCAGAAGGGUAUCAAGCAGCCUGGUGGUACGGAGUGUGUUAUCUCUCAAACCUGAAUGGAAGGUACACCGGGUUCGCUAUGGCUGUUGAAGGACUCAUUGAAUGGAGAGUUUGGAAAACUGGUAAAGCUCUUAAAGGGAAAAUGAUGAUGAUAAGGCCCAAAGGUUAAGAUCAAUGAAAUGCAAGAACUGACAUAUUUGUGUUUCUAUAUAUUUAACCUCUACAUGUUUAUGCCUAUAUUAUGUAAUAUACAUUCUCUCAUAAUUUAAUUUGGAAGCAUUGCCUAUAAAUAGAUGCGAGAUUAUGUAUAUACCGGAUAAUUGUCUAUAAAUAGAUAUGUGAUUCUGCAUAAACAUGGUAAUCGUUUAUAAUUAGAUUCUGUAUUUAUAGGGUAAUUGUCUAUGAUUGGAUAUGAAAUUCUGUAUUUAACGGACUCUGGCCUAAAAUGUUUUUGUCCAAACUAUUUUUUUCUAAUAUAAAAUCAAUCUUUAGUGCGAUUUGAAAAGAAAUGGUGGCUUUGAUAUCAAAAUCAAUGAAUAUGAGUUAAUUUAUUUGAAAAGUUGUUGAUAAUCACAUUGGUAACGAGAUUUAAAGGAUAUGGUUUAAAAUAUCCAUUCACAAAAAGGACCAGCGAAAGGUGGUAUGGAAACAUCAACAUACUAUCGAUUAUACUUGUUGCAACUUUUCUCCAUUUUGCAAUUUGUUUUUAAGGGAAUUAUAAAUGCGCCUGAAAUGGGUAUCUAUGCCAUUACGUAUUUGGAUCCGAUCAUUAUUAACACAUAAUAUGAAUAAACAUGAGGAAAUUGAA